UCUUAUAGGACACGGGGGUCGGGAAAUCAAGCAUCGUGUGUCGGUUCGUCCAGGACCACUUUGACCACAACAUCAGCCCCACCAUCGGGGCAUCAUUUAUGACCAAAACUGUGCCUUGUGGAAAUGAACUUCAUAAAUUCCUCAUCUGGGACACCGCUGGCCAGGAGCGGUUCCACUCGCUGGCUCCCAUGUACUACCGAGGGUCAGCCGCUGCCGUCAUCGUCUAUGACAUCACUAAGCAGGAUUCAUUUCAUACCUUGAAAAAGUGGGUUAAAGAGCUGAAAGAGCACGGGCCUGAAAACAUCGUGAUGGCGAUUGCUGGGAACAAAUGUGACCUCUCAGAUAUCAGGGAGGUGCCGCUGAAGGAUGCUAAGGAGUACGCUGAAUCCAUAGGUGCCAUCGUGGUUGAAACAAGUGCGAAGCAUGCCAUUAAUAUUGAGGAGCUCUUUCAAGGAAUCAGCCGCCAGAUCCCACCCUUGGACCCCCAUGAAAAUGGAAACAGUGGCGGCAUCAAGCUUGGGAACCAGAGCCUGCAGUCCAGCCGGCGGUGCUGCUGAGCCGAGGGCCGUGGCACACAGAGCGUAAAGAAGCCAGAGCCCUUUCUGAUGGCGUCCAGUGCACAGAAGGACCCCACCCUCCGGGCUGACUCUGUUUGCUGGGAGGCGAGCAGCUUUCUACCCUGGAGACCUGCAGGAUGCUGGACAGGGAAGUUCCCUGAAAAGAGAUUCUGGAAAGCUCACCAUACCACCACGACGUGGCCUUCGAUUUAGGAAAGGCACCAGCAGGGCUUAUACUUGCUAGGUAAUAGGUUUAGUUGCCAUUUUUUUUUUUUCUGUUAAAGAAAUAUUAGAAAAGGUUUAGAUUUGUCCACAAACCUCACAGUGCUGUUCUCCUCUGAUCUCCUUUGUGCCCUCGUCAGAGCCCGGGGCCAGGUCUUCCUUUCUGGCCAGUUCACAAAAGGCAGAAAAGCAGCGUGGUCAGUUGGCUUUUAAGCUGGCUUUGGAAAUAAGCCUUUAUUAAUCUUCUGAAGGAAGUCAGACACACAUAGCUGCACCACCACUCAAACUGAGGAUUGAUCUUCUGUGAAAGAGACAUAGGUUGCGUUAGAAACUGCCAUCUGUGUCCCUUUUCAUUCCAUCCAUGAA